AUGAAAAUCCCCAUGAUUGUCCUUGGACUUGGCAAUCAGGCUGCCGGGCGUAUUCAGACUGUUUCUAUCCAGAGGGAUAGAGUCUCAGGACCUGAGGAAUCCGAUGACACAAGUCAAGGCCUCGAUUCUUCGACACAGCAUCUGAACCGUCAUUCCAUACAAGAUUCGAACACAAGGUAUCAAACUAAAUUCACCUUCGUUCCCCAAAGAGAGUCGGGAAAGGGCGCAAUUAUGUUGGCACCCACUAUCCGUAGCCCGCCCAAGACACCUCGUGGUUCAGAGCCCCCCAAGAAAGUCUGCAAGCCUGGCAUACUGUCAGUUGUAGGGCAUUUAGCCCUCUUCCAUUUGCCUCCGGUCGUGGUCACUCUGGCCCUUGUUGUCUUGUACAGCGUCCGCAUUUACUGGGGCAAGCUCAGCGAUGAGCAAUUGAGCUACCUGCAGUUUGCAGCGAAGGGCCAUGAAACACUUAUUCUCGUGUCUUUGGCAGAUAUUUUGAUGCAUCGGAUACGAUACACCCUGCUACAAGACAAAGGGGGUGUUCCGCUCGGCUUCCUUUCAUCAUCAUUUAUUAUAGGCUCUCCUAUUUCCUACCUCUUCAGCUUGGAAUUAUGGGCUCCAUUAUUACGGCCUGUUACAAAGGCUAAGCGUACUAGCAUAUACAUACAACUGACCGGUAUCCUCAUCGUCAUAAGUAUUAUACUCUCUGCUGCGGUCGCACCUCUUUCUGCCAUUGCCAUAAUUCCUCGAAGCGGGCUGUGGCGAAUUCCCGUACCCAUGGAAGAGAAAGGCUUUUUUAUUUACUCAUAUAGACCUUUAUGGAAGACAGACCUCUCUCAAAGCAUAUAUUAUCACAAUGAGGGUGAUAAUUUGGAUGAAGCUCUGCUCCAACUUCGCAGUACAAUGGCCGAACUGGCUCAGAGACAACCACCAAGUUACACGUGGCGAAUCAGCAAUAGCUCGUUUAUUGCCAGAGAACGAACUAUCUCGAUUACUGCAAACCCUAUUAAAGAGCACCCGCUUGCUAUUGCAACGACUCCCAUGAAGAUUUUGAGGGACAGCCCUGAGGUGGUUUGGGAAGACAUGCCUGUCGAUAUACUAACAAGGAUCCAGCAGAAACUUCCAGGCGACCGUUUCGAAUCAGAAUGGGAUCUUCCAGGGGCCAACUUUACAGUCGCAGAGAAGUGGAAGAGGCUUAGACAAGCACCAACAAGUCGAUGGAAGCAGCCUAUCGUUGCUGUUGAGUGCGCAUAUGGGACUGAAACGGAAACGAACACUCCAACAUUUAUGUUCAACUCUAACAUUACUAAUAACAAAGUAACCCUUGAUUUAGCUCAAGAGAAGGAGAAAAACGAUCCUUAUUCCAAGUUCCUUUUUCUAGAGCUUCCAGACAGUCGCACCAGCCCAGCAAUAUUGUUCCUCCAUAGUCAAAAGACUCUUGAGCUCUGUCGGAUAUUCUCCCGAUGGAUUGAGACCGAUACAUGGUUGGAACACGGCGAAUCUGUCUAUCGAACCCAUCUAGACGCCCCCUUGUCUGAUGUUCAAGUCCACUUCGGGCAAUCUACCGAUCUCAUCAAGAUCGGCAAGGAUUGGCUCAACAGCACAAGUCGAAACAUAAAUGACUUACCCCGAGAGGAGUCAAGCUCUCCUGAAAACUCAUCAUAUCAGUCCAUCAUGGACUUCUGCGACACAGUCGGCACAAAGGAUUGUUACCCUGUUAGCCUGGCAGCAUUCAUGGCAUAUGUUUUGUCGUGGUCAGAUGAUAGAGCUGGAUACAAUAUAUUGCAGCCUUUCCAGCUCGGUGUCAACGAAUCACCGAGACAGGGCGACGUUAUUAUUAAUAAAGAAUGCUUUGUUAGCGGGUACGGCUACGACUGGAAAAGCAGCCGCACAAUACCUCUCGCAUUCUCAGUUCUACUUCUGCAUGUUCUGAUUGUAUUCAUCCACAUGACGAUAGUACUAUGGUCUCGCCAUCCGUGGCACAGCUCGAGCUGGGGUAGCUUUGGGCAGAUGAUGGUUUUGGCGCUUCGCUCGAAAGCUUUGGAUGGGCUAGGCAGUGUCGGUGCAGGUGUCUCGAGUUCUAAAACCUGGAGUACGUCUGUGUCGGUCAGAGUGGUCGGUGAUGAGGACCGUCUAGAGAUGGCAAUCCAGAACGAAAAGGGGGGCCAUUCACAAUACCAGGAAGUAAGCGGGGAGGUUGAGGAAGAAGGGGUCGAUAGGGGUCCAUCUCUGGCACAGCCAGGGAUAAAGUAUCACUAA